CUACCGUGCCUUGCAUGAGAAUAGGGAGGAAACUGGAGCUUCACCCAGCCAAGCCACCAGAAAACAAGAGCUGGAUGAAGCUCUAGUCUCCAUGAUAGUGAAGGAUACCCAGCCUUUCACUAUUGUGGAUGACGUUGGAUUCAGGACAUUUGUGUCUAAGCUGGAUCCCAAUUAUGUUCUCCCUACAAGGCAGGCUCUGAAGGCCAUGGUGGAGGCCAAAUAUGAGUCUGCUAAGGAGCACGCUAAGGCUAAAGUAGAGAAGGUGGCUGCUGUUAGCCUUACAUCAGAUAUGUGGACAUCCAUCAACAUGGAUGCCUACCUGGCAGUGACAUGCCACUUUGUGGAGGAGAACGAAAAGCUGAGCUCAGUGUUGUUGGGAGUGCAGGCAUUCCCCCAGUCUCACACUGCUGAAAAUAUUGCUUGUGUGAAAGCCUCCCUGAUGGAGGAAUGGGGAAUCUCAGGCAAGGUGACAUGCAUGGUCACCGAUGGUGCUCCUAAUAUGGUGGCAUGCGUGAGAGAGCUGAAGCUUCGCCAUCACAUUUGUGUUGCUCACACCCUCAAUCUUGUUGUGAAGAGGGCGCUUGACCAGCACCCUGUGCUCUCUGGCCUCCGGGCCAAAGCAAGGAAGCUGGUUGGCUACUUUAGAAGCAGCACCACUGCUAAGGAGAAGCUUACACAAGUGCAGCUUCAGCUGGGUAUGCAAGCAACCAAGCUGAUGCAGGAGGUGGAAACAAGAUGGAACAGCACCUACUUGAUGCUGCAACGUCUGGUGGAGUUGAGGGAGCCAGUAGGAGCGGCAUUGGCUGGAUUACACACUGACAUUCCCUUUUUCACUGCCAGUGAGUUUGACAUUGUUGUAGCGUGCCUUUCUUUACUCUCUCCUUUCUAUGAUGCCACCACGGAGCUCUCUGCAGAAGAACACGUGUCGGCAUCAAAAGUUAUCCCCCUCCUGAAGAUGGUAGAGAAAGCCCUUCAGGAGGAAGACACCAAGUCGGCACCUGCAGUAGCAGUGGAAAUAGGAGAGCAGCUCAUCAGACAGCUCAGGGAGAAGCUGCACAUGCUCCAGUCAAUGAGCAUCUUGUCGCUGGCUACACUCCUGGACCCACGAUUUAAACUUAUAGCAUUUUUCAGCAACACAAAAGCUGCUGAAGCAGUGAAGCGCUUGACUUCAGAGUGUGCCACCGUCAUCCGACGGAACACAGAAGAGAACACUCACGAGAUUCCCCAGGCUUCCACCUCUCAAGAAUUCACUGGAGGUAGCAGACUUUGGCAAAGAUUGGACACUAGUGUCAUGGAGGCAAAGAGGACUCAAAAUGUGUCAGCAGAUGCCACCAUAGAGGUCCAGCGCUACCUGUCAGAGGCAAACAUAAGCAGGCUGGAGAACCCCCUGGAGUACUGGGCUAAUCAUCGGUCACUGUACCCCAAUCUGUACAAACUUGCACUUAUUUAUUUAUGCACCCCGGCAUCAUCUGUGCCAUGUGAGCGUGUCUUUUCAAAGGCUGGAGAAGUAGUGUCAAAAAAGAGAAAUCGUUUGAAACCAAAAACUGUGGAGAAAUUGUUGUUUCUUAAUAAAAAUGCAUGAAAUCAUCCAAGUUACAC